AUGUCGUCUGCCAUGGCUCACAACCUCAUGCGCCGAGGCGCUGAGGCUACCAUUUACAACGAGAAGCUCCAAUUACCAACCUGGGGUAUCGUGCUCUUUAGCUUCACUGCCGUCGUCUACUUGAUUGUGUCGGGCGUCAUCGAAUAUACCUUUGGUCGAGUCGUCCCAACCCUCCUCAUGAUCGAAUCUCCCCCCGAGUCCAUCGUCUUCGAGCCCCUCGCGACCGACGAUACCGAUGACACCCUUAACAAGAACCCCGAAACCAACACUGAGGCCCAGGCUGUCAAGCCCAAACCCACCACCGCCAGCUUCCGGGCCACCCUCAGACUCCUAUCACAGAAGGGCGGUUUCCGUGCUCGUUUCCGCGGUCUCUCGGUCUUCCUCGUCAACCAGAUUGCUAUCUCAUGGGUCGCACAAUUCGUUUCUUUCCUUCCUUUCCUUCCUCGCAGUGCUGGAGCCGUUGUUGCGGCUGUCUUGUGCGCUCAGCUCUCGGUCGCAUGGACACACAUUGUCAUCUCCGAACCCAGCCCUAAGAUGUGGUUCCGCCGUCUCCCGAGCACCAAGACAUGGAGCAAGGUUGCAGCGCCUACUGCAGUUCUCGCCAUCGCAGAGCAGGUCACAGUUCUCAUCCCAGUGUACCUUGGAAUGAUGAGCGGCAUUGGAGACAAGUUGCAGACUCCUGACCAGAUGGCCAACAUCGACAGCCGCCAAGCGUGGAUCAUCACUCUCAAGGGUGUCAGUAUUGGCGCUCUCGCUCUGGUUCUCGGAUUCCUCUUGGUCGUGCCCGCAGACGUUUCGUUAACCCGUGUCCAAGCAUCCCUCCUCGCCGAUUCCGAAGAGACCAUCGUCCCCUUUGACCGUAGCUUUAACGGCAAGGUCAUCCCCGAAAUAGUAGGCGGAACCGGUGCUAUUGGUAUGCUAGAUGCGUGGAAGAGCUUUGACUGGGCUGCCCGUGUCAGACUUGUGAAGGCAUACUUGAAGGUCUUCUUGAUGCAGUUGGCUAUUGCUUCUGUGUUCGUCGUUAUUGCCGUCCUUGAGGUCGCCCUUGUCUUUAGCAAGAGCAAGAAGGUGGCUGACGGCGAGCUUGAUUCUAUGGGGCUUGAUCUGAUGUAA